AUGGGGGUCUUUCUUUCCACCGUGCAGCGCACCUUGAACCUCCUCCUGCCAUUCACCCACCCAGAUACUCCCCUCGUGCAGGAUGUUAUACACACUGCCGUCCUCGUCACAACAUUGUAUUACGCACCACAAAUCGCAGAAUACUACCACGCACAUCACCGGCCUGCCGCGCCGUACACCACUGCAAACGCUGACGAUUCCGCCCCGAUCGGACGGAUCCUCAACGGCCCUCCACCCGAUGUACCAGAUGGUCCUCUAGACGAAGAUUGGGUGCUGCAAGACGACGGGGACAACGAGGAAGCCGGCAUUGAGCCCCCACCGCACGCACCAACCCCGCCCCCAGGCCAACUACACAACCCACCUAUAGAGGAUGCAGCGUGGCAGAACGAUUUCGCAAAUGGCGAUCCCGGCCCAGCAAAUGAUCAUCCGCAGCCCACGCGCGCAAACCGGGUUAUUGGCGCUAAGAAGGCGAAGUCUCUCGCACGCCGCGACCAGAGGCGGGCAUACCACGAGUUUCACCGGAGCCAGGCGGAGCAGCGGAGACUGACAGAAGAGGCUGGAAGGGAGGGGCGCGAAGCGGCGCUUGCGGAGGAGAAGGCACGGCGCGCAGAAGUGGAAUCGUUGCUUGCGGAAGAGAAGCGCGAGAGGCAGGCUUGGGAACGCGAGCAAAAGAGGAAAGAGGCCGAUGAAGAGCACCAGCGGCGCGAACGUGUGGUGGAAAAGGUCAAAGAGGACAUUGUACGGAAGGGUGCGGUUGAUCUGGUAGACGCUGCGAUGGAGGAGGGCAAGGACAAGGUGUGGAUCGAGCGGUUGGUGCGGGCUAGUGGGCUGCUGAGCCAGAUGGAAAAGGGAGAAGAGAAAGUCAUGAUAACAGGCGAAGGUUGGCUCGUCAAAAUCGAUGCCGAGAUUAUGCGAACGGCGUACGAGGAGGCUGCGUCUUUCAGCGACUCAAGGGAUGGCAAGGUCAAUUUUGCCAACUUUGGCGGCAUCCUAGAGAAGGUAGUUAGGGCGAGGGCGUUGGCCGCAGUUUGA